UAACUCUUUUCCUCUCUGCGUAUCUAGUGUCCACAGAUGCAUUGAAACUACUCAUUGGGUUUUGUUUUGGAGGAUAAACAAAACCCUAGACGUACUUAUGCUCGAUGAUUAAGUUUGAGUUUACUGCAUAUUUGUUAUUAUGAUGGCUAUUAUUAUUGUUUCAUAUUGAUGACAACUACCUGGUAAAGGCUUUGAGUUCAUUCGACGGUGAUAAAUCUUAAAAGACAAAGCAAUUCAAUCCUUCUGUUGCCAGUUGUCACAGGAUCUGAACAAGUAUUUAGUCAGAUAUGAGCGAUCUCCCAAAUGCGUCUUCUUUGCUAGAAUUAGACGUCAAGGAUGAUGAUCAACACAUGGCAAGUGCCACUAAUAGCACAGAGAAAACCAAUGGGAAAUCAAAGGAAGAGAAUGACAGUGUUGAGGACGUGAUUGAAGGAAAUGAUCAAAGGUUUGACAUGUUAAAAGAACACUACAAGUUGCCCCUCGUAUGGAUUGACUUAGAAAUGACUGGCUUGAAUGUCGAAGUAGAUAGAAUAUUGGAGAUUGCUUGUGUGAUUACAGAUGGGAAAUUGAAGAAGCUCAUAGAAGGUCCUGAAUUGGUCAUUCAUCAAACAAAAGAUUGUCUGGAUAAUAUGGGAGAAUGGUGCCAAGAUCAUCAUGCAGCUAGUGGGUUAACUGAGCAGGUGAUACAAAGUAGAAUCAGUGAAAAAGAAGCUGAAAAGCAGGUUAUAGAUUUUGUAAAGAGACAUGUCAGUGCAUAUACUCCCCUGCUUGCAGGAAAUUCAGUUUAUGUUGAUUUUAUGUUCUUGAAGAAGUAUAUGCCUGAUUUGGCUGAUCUUUUCUCUCAUGUUAUUGUGGAUGUCAGCAGCAUCAAGGCUUUAUGUCGUUGUUGGUUUCCACAAGUUAAGAAGGGUUUUCGAAAGGAGAAGAAGCAUAGGGCCAUGGGUGACAUCAAAGAAAGCAUAGCACAACUCAAAUACUACCAGCAAAAUGUGUUCAAAUCACCAAAGUCCAAGAGAUAAUAUCUACAUGCUUCAAUAUUUCCUUAAUUUUUUUUUUUUUUUUUUUACCAAUUUAUGCAAC